UAAGUUGAGUUUAAUGCUAUGGAUGACAGUUCAAUGCUAGCCCUUAACGCGGCUAAACCGCCGAUGGAUAUGACGCCAAUUAACAUUCGAAGGCGGGAAAAGUAGCCGAGUAGGCCUAUUGACUGGUCGAAUGUACAGCAAGGGAUAUUCCAUCAUCUAGCAGAUGCGGGAACAUUGAACAAGUGGUCAGCGCGGUACGAAUCGUCCUGGUCUUCAUUGGAUAGAUAUUCGUGAAGGUAACUGAAUCUUACCGGUUAGCAUUCGCUGGACGAAAUAUGUGAUCGACGAUAACGGAUUUCACUGAACGGUUUCUGUGCUUACCAAGGCAACGUAGCAAAGGUGGUCGGUGUAGCCACCAAUUGGUUGACAGGCAAAUCAGCAGCAUUCAAAACUGUUUCGCUGUAUUAAGUGAGAUGGUAAUGCCGUGACCGUGAGGCGACGUGGCAAAAGAAUACUUAGUAGUUAUCGCUAUUUCUAGUACUCUGGAUGUAAAUAAAUAUCGAUCUCUUUUUGUGCUAAGUGUCACGGGUUAGCAGUAAAAUAAUCUAUUGGUCGGAAUAUUUCUUACAAGAGGUUUAAGGAAGGGGGUAUAGGAAAAGUUGCCCUUUCGACGCAGAAUAUUUAUAUACGUGUAAUCCCGCUGCAUCAUUCGCUAGGCUUUCUUAUCUCCUCGAGAGCAUGGGAAGAAAUUGCACAAUGCAGUACAGUUGAUUACGGAUAUCCCGAGAGCACAACUGAAGAAUGGCAGACAGGACUGUCUUACCCCCGAUAGGACCCGGGGGUAUGCUCAGUCAGUCGUACAACAGCCAAGACUCGCGGCCCUCAAGUAGGAGUUCAACGACGAGCACGGCCUACACGUGGGCUCCCCCGCCUUCAGCAGAUCACCAUGGCUUCUAUCGGGCCAACAAUCGCUCAACUACCCGCUCAAACAACGGGCGAGUCGUCAAGCUCCCCGCCAUUAACAAAGGAAAGAACGGGCCAGGAAUCAGCCACGCUUCAUCGGUGAAGACGCUAGACCGAUUAGGAAGCUCCUUGCACACCCCUAGAGGAAACCGAUGGCGGGAUCCAGCCGGCUUUGUCAGAUAUUCCGCGGACGAAGAUUGUUUGAAAUGCAUGCUUGGAGUGCCACAUAAGAAAUGCGAAGCUCACAAAUACAUCCGUGUUGGCGGUGGCUAUCGUCACAGCUACUGGCACGUGAAGGCCAUGCUUCUCGAGAUAGAGUUCAAGCGCCAGCAGGAAAUCAUGCGUCAGCAAAGACUCGAAGCAAUUCAGGAGAAAACUGUGCAUGCUGUGAAAACCUACAUCAGGACCAAGAGUGGUAGGCUCGUGGAAAGAAUCAUCUUCAUGUCGGACGAGGAUUACAAAGCCUUUCAAAAAGCUCAAAAAGAAGGAGGCGACCCGACUGAAUUUCUAAAGAAGUAUCUCUCGAAAGAGGACGCAAAGAACUUGGAUUCUUACGACAAAGAAGAACAGAGAGCUAUCAAGACUUUUAUUAGAACAAAAAGCGGUAGAUUGAUUGAAAAAUUGGUGUAUGUCUCGAAGUCUGAUUACGAGGCUAUGAAACGGGGUGAUGUUGAUGCUAACACUUUGCUCAAGAAACAUAUGAAGCUGGAGGAUGGGGAGACGAUUGAGGGUUGGGGUGAGGCGAAAAUGCGGACUAUUACCACGAAAAUCCGGACCAAAAGUGGCCGGAUUAUUGAAAAGACGAUACAGAUCUCCGAGGAGGAUUAUCAGAGGAUGAUGAAGGGUGGUAAGGAUGUUCAAGAUGAGAUACUGAGGAAAUACAUGAAGGUUGAGGAGGGGGAGGAAAUUGCGGGUUGGGAGAAACCGAAGUCGACCGCCAUGAAGGUCGUGAAGACUUACAUAAGGACGAAGAGCGGUCGCCUUAUUGAGAAGACAAUCCUUAUGACGGAAGACGAGUUUGCGGAGUUUCAGAAAAGUGGCGGAGAUGUGAACUUCUUGAAGAAGUUCAUCAAGCUUGAACAGGGGGAGGAGAUAGAAAAUUGGGAGAAGGCGUCCACGGUCUAUUCUGCAUCUGACGAUGAGGAAACGCUCGCCAAAAUGAAACCGGGCACCCGAGUCCGAGGGAAGGAUGGAGAACUGUACGAGUACGUGGUGGAUCCAAUCACUGGGAAAAUGUUUAAAAAGAAGGUAGCAAGAGCGGAUUCGGAUGACAGCGGUAUUGGAUCCAUAAACAAGGGAAGGUUUACCAAGAAGGGGGCAAAUGGCAUGGCCGAGAUAGAUGAGGAGGCUUACAAAAAACACAAAGCGGGGAAACGAAUGGAGGGUAGCGACAGCGAAUACAGUUACAAGAGUUUUAUGAGUGAUGGCGGGACCCGCCAUGUGCAGAGGAGAAAGAAGUUGGCGGGCGGGCGCCGUGGAAGUGCGCACUCGUAUCACAGUAGCGAAGACGAGGAGGGGGCAGCCAGGCGCAGGCGCCGCAGGCGAGCACGAGAGCAUGGGGCGGACAGUGCCCAUAGCUAUUACAGCGUGGUCAGUGAGGGCGGUACUCGGAGAGUCCGCAGGAAGAAAAAGUUGCCUGGUGGCGGAUACGCUAAGAGCGAGUCGUACCACAGUGAUACCAGUGAGAAGAUCAAGGCACAAAAGAGGAAGAAGAAACGUGGCAGGGACCAUGGAGCUGAUAGCGACCAUAGUUACUACAGUGAGGUGAGCGCUGGCGGGACGCAUCACCGAAAACGAAGGCAGAGAAUUAGGGACAAACAGGGUAAUGUCAUUGGGUACGGCAAGACAGAGAAUUACACCUCAAGCGAGGACGAGGGCAUAGGUGGCGCUGGCGGUAAAGGGAAAGGGAAGGGUAAGAAAGGCGGCAAGGGGAAGGCAGGUGACGCAGACAGUGACGUCAGCUAUUUCAGCGAGGUCAGCGCUGGCGGCACGCGGCAUCAGAAGAAGCGAAAGCGGAUCCGCGACGCAGAUGGGAAGGUUGUCGGAUACGGAAAGGCGCAAGAGGUCACAAGUGAGGAUGAGGGUAAAGGCAAGAAAGGGAAGAAAAAGGGUCGCAAAGAACACGGCGCGGACAGCGACCACAGCUAUUUCAGCGAGGUGAGCGAGGGGGGCACCAAGCACAGGAAGAGGAGGGCGAGAAUUAGGGAUAAGGACGGCAAGGUCAUUGGCUAUGGUAAGGCCCAGGAUUACUCAAGCUCAGACGACGAAGACGGAAAGCGGAAAAAGAAAAAGAAGCGCGGUGGUCCGGACAGCGACCACAGUUACUACAGCGAGGUCAGCGCGGGAGGUACACGAAGGGUGAUGAAAAAGAAGCGAAUCAGGGACGCGCAAGGAAAGGUCAUAGGUCACGGGAAGGCAGAGAUAGCCUCAGAUUCCGAUUCCGAUAGUUUCAUCAGCGUAAGUGAUGGAAAAGGUGGCAAGGUCCGCAUCCGCAAGCAGCGGGGGAAGGAACAAGCAGGUCACUGGAAGGGCGAGACCCCUGUGUUCAGUGAUGCCACCACGGACUCGGACAUCGUAGCCGAGAAACUAAAGAAUAUGACAGAGGAAGAGAAGAAAGUCUACCUUGCCGAGAGAGAGGCUAGAAAGGCGGAACGCGAGGCGAAGCGUAAGGAGAAGUAUGGUGAUAAAUAUGAUGAGAUGGUGGAGAAAAACAAACAAGCAAAAUUGGUGAAAGAAGCCAGGAAGAAAUAUGAGAACGAAAAGGCGGAAGCAGCGGCGAAAGCAAAGAGUAUGGUGACCUACGGUAAAGGCCGAGGUCGAAUGGGAAGCCAAGACAUGGAUGACCGCGGCAUCGGACUCGCUCAUGAAGAUUGGGGCAAAACUAAAGGCAAGGGUAAAAAGGGUAAAGAUGGACACGAGGCGGACGGCGAGGGUGACGACGGUGAAUAUGGUGAGGGACGCAAAAAGAAGGGAAGGAAAGGAAGUGGCGCCAGCAGUUUCAGUGGCGAAUCAGUUUGGUCCGUCGAUGCAGAUGGGAAUAAAAUCAAGAAGAAAAUCAAGAUGAAGGGUGGAAAGAGAUAUGAAUAUACUUAUGAUGCCAAAGGUAACCUUAUAAAGAAGAAAGAAGUUGACGACGCGAGUUCGGAUGGAGAUUAUUUUGAAAUUGACCCAGUCACGGGUGAGGUCCGUCUCAAGGCGGGCAAGGCAAAGAUCGAUAUCAAGAAACUCACCGACGCCGAUCUCAGGCGGCUCGGCAUCGACCCCACUCUCCCGAAGAGUGAGAUAAAAAGACUGCUUAUGGAGAAGUUUGGCAAAGAUAUAGACAUUGUUGACAGAGGCAAGAAAAUUGGUAUGAAGACACUAGCAGACUACGGAAGUGACGUCAACACCGAUGACUUGGCCAAUGACAGUGACUUUGAUGUUACUACGUUACGUGGCACAAGAAAGGUCAAUGUCAAGAUGAGAAGAGGAGGACAGGCGCUGUUGGACCAUCUCAAGAGAAUUAUAGAAGAUUCGAAAUUAAAAUCAGAUUAUGCUAAUGAUCUCGAUGAGAGAGAUGGUGACAUUGAUUAUCUUGCUCAUUACCGGCUGGUUGACGCCGGGAAGGUUGAAAUGUACGCCAAAGCAUUUGUGGUCGAAGACGAAGACUUUGAUGCCGCUCUUAGCUAUAAGGAGUUGCGUUUUGGCUUGGAUGGUGUGCCAACCGUUCAGCAUUUGACAAAGAAACAGAUGGAAUAUGUAUUUAAGGUGCUUAAGCUAGACGAUGCCAGCCAAGUAACGUUUAAGAUGUUUGCAGUAAUAUCUGCGCUAUGCGAAAGAGUCACACAGAUGGACCCGUACUGUAAGCACUUACUCGAAAUCAGUAACCUGUUAGACAUAGAGAGAAAGAUGGACCUGUACAAAGCUAUGUUCUACUGUAAUACCAGUGCUGAUAGAGACGCCAACUUCAUCACUUCCGAAUCGCUCAAGAUAGAGCUCAUUGCUGGCGGCCUGAACUGGAAACAGCAAGAGUUUAUCAUGGAUAAGAUGAUGCCGAAUAAAUUUCGAGAGAUCAACUUCCUCGACUACAUGUGUUACAUUCCGCUGUUCCUUUCGAUGCACGAAAACAUUUGCGACAAUCCUCUUGACAUGUCCGAUGGGAAAUACUCCGGUAUGCUCCGGCGGCACUCCAUCCAGCGAGAUAUGAAUCCCCUAGGGUAUCAGAUGCACAAUUCAACAGCGUUCAUAUUGCGGAAGAAGGCCCAUGAUCUUCUGGAGGGGAAGGUCAAGGCCGAUAUAACAAAGGAAAACAUGGAGCUACUUGAAAAAUACUCAAAAUUACCGUCUAUGAUCGGUGCGACGAAACAAGGAGCUACAGACACGCCCGGGACCAACAGUAAGCAGAAAAAAGAAGAUGACUGGAGCACGAACAUCUUCGCCAAUGAUGACUUUGAUGAUAAAUGAGAAAAGGGACACCAGUUUGAAUUAUUAGAUUGAGUUGUUAAUAGAAAAAUGUGCAGUAUGUGAAAGGUAAUUCUACUCGGAAAAUGUGAUAUUUGGUCAGUGACUGUGAUAUCUGUAAGCUUUUGUGAUCUAGCAGGGUUUUGUCUCUGGUAUUUUACUCUGGUCUCAGAUCCCCUUCAGUGCCAAAGAAGGUCACUGUGAUAUCGGAAAAGCUGCAUAAUUGAUGAGUCCCAGUGAAUGGUGAAGAGUUUCCUCCGCAACAUGCCAAAAAAUAAAAAUUAACAUGUGAUUUUGUUUUUGUCCAAAGCUAUGCUGUGAUAUCCCACCGUACGUACUGGGCCGGUAUUGAAAGUUGUGACCCUGAAUCACGUUGUUAUAUAAAUUACCAGGUGCAGAAAAAACAAAUGAACAACUUUGAAUUCCCGGCUAAUUCGUGACUUCUCUGACGUCACAGAAACGACCAGGGCGCUCCAGAAAGAUUGCACGUCCCCUCAAGUGCCCAAUGCACUGGGGUUUCGUGGAUUCUUCUGGGAAGUCCUUUACUACCAGGGGCGUCAUUUCGUUUUCUGUAGGGUUGAAAUUUAGUGAUGUAUACUUAACGUUCACAGUGCACUGUGUGUCGCACAUACUCAGUAAAUAAAAGAGUAGUUUUAGGGAAGGGAUUUGACUGCUGUGUCCUGCAUCAUCACCACGAUGUGAGGCAAUGCUGACAUACAGCUGACCAUGCAGCAGUAUCAAGCUACAUAUAAUAAAGCAUUGUGAUUUCGCUGACUGGCCUGAUGGGAGGCUACAGCGUUUGCCUUGGCCGCUGCUGGACCAGUCAACAAGGAAUGUUUUCAGAUGAAUACCGCCAAAAUAUCCCUGAUUACUCGUGAUAAAGACCAGUCCAGGAUCAAAGCCCCGAACCAUAAAUCAAUUCAGGCAUUCGUACAGGACUGAAGCAACUGUUGUGUUUACUGAGUAUCCUUGUUUAUUCGCACUUGGUGCAAAGCUGCUGAUGCUAAUAAUGGUGCUACAUUGUAUUUGAUUAACAUUUCAUUCAUCUUUAUCUCCAAUUUGUAGUCCGGGAGAUUCGCCAACAAAUAACAUACCUUAUUAUGACACGUAUAAAUAAUGUAAAUGACAUUUAUAAGUAAACACGUUUGUCUAAAAUACUCCGUAUAUUGCACUUUUCGUGUGUGUUUCUUAAAAAGUCACGUGCACGCUAAACAUCCACUUGUCUUUGACAAAUAUCUGACCCAGAUAUGUAUGCUCUAUUUCGAUUGGAUGAUUUGAUUUGAUCGUACUUUGGUAAUGAUUGGCCAGUUCUUAGCUGUGUCAUGAUUGGCUAGAUUGCUAAUGUUUACAGUGAUAAAAGCUCUUAGUGUUGCAGUAUCAUGAAAUAUUGCAAAUUAAUAACGGGUUCAAAACUUCACCACUUUGAAGACCGAUCUUGAAUCUAUGCAAGUUCCUGUACCAACACAGACCAUUCCAUUCCAAGAUCUCCUCUGAUAAGACAUGAAUGAGUUCUAUUAGUUACAUGUAUUUUGAUACCAAAAUGUUUUUAAAACUAAAUUGUUUGUAAUAAACGGAUUCUUUUUCGCACUCUUCUUGGUGGUGUUGUUAUUUCGUGAUUUAGUUGUUUGGGUUAUUAGUGCUUUUCAAAUCAAUAUAUUCAUGUAUGAUCCUCCGAAAUCACUAUACAUGUAAUUAUUUGGGCGUUUGUGUGCAGUGUUCUCUUGUCUGAUUUCCCUCGUGCUGGUGAAGACUGUGAUUCCGAGCUUUAAACGAAUAUUAAGAGAACAUGUAGUAUGAAAAUCGGACUUGUCAGGUUUUCAAUGCAGAGAUAAAAAACACCAAUUCUUCGUCAUUGUCGAUCUUUACUGACGUUUCGACAAACAUAUGUACACCUAAUAUCAAAAUCACACUUUAGGCAUACAUACGUUUAAACCGAACUUCGGUCUUAUUAAAAUUAGACCCUCGUCAUCAUUUUUCUAAGACUUCCGGCAUGGUCGAAUCGGCUUUGGCGGCAUGUGACGUACACUACACGUCAUAUCAAUGACUUUCCAGAUAUAUCUGACGUACAGUGCAAAUCACGCAGACAGGUUAAACGUGUACGUACAUGUAUUUUCAACCUCCUUCACGGGGUUGCAGUUUUCUUGAUAGGACAAUGAUACCAUCAAAAUCAAUACAAAAGCAAAUAAAAUAAUAUACUUUAUUUUGUGUUGAUCGAUGAACGAACUCAAAGGUGAGAGGCCAAGCGA